AUGAAACAAAUCAUCACAGACCCGAAUCAGGUUUUAUCCUAUUAUGACAAAAGCAAGCCAUUAACAUUGCAAGUUGAUGCCUCCAAGUUUGGUCUCGGAGCAACAAUAAUGCAAGACGGGAAGCCACUUGCAUAUGCAUCAAAAUCACUCACACAAACUGAGGUCAAUUACGCACAAAUUGAGAAGGAAAUGUUUGCUAUUUUGUUCGGCUGCAAGCGGUUCCACCAUUUUGUUUAUGGUCACAAAGUCAACGUGCAAACUGAUCAUUUGCCGUUAGUUUCUAUUUUCAAAAAAUCAAUAAACACAGCUCCUGCACGAUUGCAGCGUAUGCUACUACAGCUACAGAAAUAUGAUCUUGACAUCAAACAUUAUCCAUCCAAACAAGUACCAGUUGCAGACACACUGAGCAGGAACUUUCUAAAUGAAACGUUCCCUGAAUUGUCACAAGGCAUGGACAUGCAGGUACACAUGGUUAUGUCUCAUUUACCUGUAUCUGACAGAAAAUUGAAUGAAUUGAAGGACAAAACAAGUCAAGAUGAGACUUUAGUAUUGUUGAAACAGACUAUACUUCAAGGUUGGCCAACCUCUAGAAAAAUGUGUCCGUCCCAGAUAUUGCCCUUCUGGAAUUUCCGUGAUGAGUUAACUUCUAUUGAUGGGUUAGUCAUGAAAGGAAAUAAAAUAAUCAUCCCCAAAUCAAUGCAGUCUCAGAUGCUUGAACUCAUUCACACAGGUCACAUGGGAGUUGAGAAAUGUCUCAGAAGGGCCCGGGAUGUUAUGUUUUGGCCAGGAAUAUCGGCUGAUAUUACCAAUCUCGUGUUAAAAUGCAACACCUGUUUAAAACACAGAAACUCAAACCCAAAAGAGCCAUUAAUUUCCCUUGAGAUUCCUGAUUAUCCAUGGCAAAUUAUAGGCACUGAUCUAUUCACCUGGGAAAACAGGAACUAUCUUCUGAUAGUGGAUUACUAUAGCAGGUAUUUUGAGGUCAAGGAAUUGCCCAAUAUGAAAAGCACUACGGUCAUAAACAGAAUGAAAGGCAUAAUGGCCAGAUGGGGAAUUAGUGAGAAGGUUAUAUCUGAUGGUGGUCCCUGUUAUAUCUCUCAGGAGUUCGCUGAUUUUGCAAAAGAAUGGGAUUUCAAUCACCAGACAAUUAGUCCCUAUCACAGUCAAUCUAACGGUCUAGCUGAGAAAUAUGUGUCAGUUUGUAAGAAACUCCUUACAAAGGCUAAGGACGCUGGGCGUGAACCUUUUAUUGGCAUAUUAGAAUACCGGACCACCCCUCUUGAGUCAGGGUAUUCCCCUGCGCAGUUAAACAUGGGCAGACAAUUGCGCUCUAUCCUCCCAACAUCUAAGGAAAAUCUGAUGCCCAAGGUGAUAUCUCCUAAUUUAGUCAGGCAGGGUAUUCAAGAUAGCAAACAGAAGGGGAAGAAAUAUUAUGACAGACAAGCAAGGUCACUAGAGCCCUUAACAUAUGGAGAAAAUACAAUGAUCCAACAAUUAAAUAAAACUUGGAGACCAGCCACUGUAGUUGACAAGUUAAAUGAAAGAUCAUACACUGUUCAGUGCCCAGAUGGGUCUAUGUACACACGAAAUAGGCGGGAUCUAUUAAAGACCAAUGAGCCCUGCCAUGGUCAAUUUGCAGAGCCAGAAAUACAGGAAAUGCCUUUAGGUCAAACACCUACCCAGACUGACAUCAAAGAUUCGGAAAGCCCUCUAAUUGGCAGUACUUCCUCUCCAUGUAUCAAUCACAAUCUGUACCUGACCAGGUCAGGAAGGGCCGUAAAACCAAAAGUAAUUGAAUCCAUGUGA